CUCGAACUGACUGGCAUCCUUUAAUUAUAUAUACCUGUCUCUAGCUGAGAAAUAAUAAUAUUUGUAGUGAGUGGUAAGAUUUUUUUUGAUCGUCGAGUUCACAGUUCUAAUUUAAGAUGUCUUUUGUCAAGGAGGAACUAGAUGAGCUGAGCAAAAAAUGCACAAGUGAAGUUGAUAGCUCAGAGCUGAUUACAUGUCAUCAGGCAUCUGUUAGAGUUAAGUUAAGGAAAACCAAGUUUAAAAACUUGGUAGUAUGUCUUCAGUUUGGUGAUGACUAUCCCAGCUCACCAAUCAUUAUUGAACUAAAAAGCAAAACAAUAUCAGAAAAAUUACUACAUGGAAUAUGCAAUAUAGCAGACGCUGAAGCCAAGAAAUAUCUAGGUACACGGCAGGUUCUGCCAGUAUUGAAGUUUAUAAGACAGUUUUUAGAAGACAAUGCAUUUGCUGUAUGUAGUGAUGAACUUAGUUUUAUAAAAAAGGAAUUAAUUACACCAGAAGAUGAAAUCAAGGUCAAACAAAAAUCUGGAGUUUUAACCACAAAUAUUAAUCAAAAGAACUAUUUUAUGAAAUUAAAAUUUACAAUUCCUAACAAUUAUCCAGAAGAACAAGCUAGUGUAGAACAAAAAGAGACAAACUUUCCUGACUUGUUCCAGAAAAUGUGUAUUGCCCAAGCAACAGAAAUGGCAAGGCAAUGUGUCGCCCCUCCUCUGAAGAAAAAGCCAAAAGAUUUACCUUUUGAAGCGAAACCAUCUCUGAAGUUUAUCGCAGAGUUCCUGAUCCGUGGGUGCAUCCAGAGGUAUCCUAUGGAAAAAUGUGUCAUUUGCAAGGAAACUGCUUUUCCUGCGGACCCGAAUCAUGUUGUGAAUGAUCCCCAACAUGGCCGUCAUGUAGAGUGGGUUUAUUGUGGUCAUUUAUUUCAUCAUGGUUGCUUAUCAGAAUACAUGAAAACACCUCCUUUUACAGGUGGCAAGAAGUGCCCAAGUUGUGGAAAGAGAGUUUACCAUGAAAAAUGGAAGAUAGCACCAAAAACUGCUGAGGAAAGAUGGGCCCAUGAACAAGCUAGACAACGAGAAUUAGAAGAAGUUGUUGAUUUUCUUGGAUAACAGACACAAGAGCUUGUAACUUUACCGUACUUGGUUCAUCUCAACUCAUAGUACGAGACAAACUGAUAAUGGUAAAUGAGUUGUCCGGGCCAGGCAAUUACUUUUCUGCAGCAGAUUGGCUCACCACAAUGGAACACUUCAUCUUUGACGCUAGAACAAUUAUUAGCGUUCUACAUCGUAACUAGUCUUCUCUAAUGGAAUAGUAAUAUAAAUGAGGUGGAUGGAAUGUUAAUCAAGUUCAUUAAAACAUGAGAUUUUGUUAGAACAGUGAAAUUCUUCAAGUGACUAGGACAAUGUUUGCAAGAUAACUUGUUAACUCUAGCAGGAUAACCUCAGUAACUUGUCUUAGCAUGAUGUGGUACUUAUCUUGGCAGAAUUAUGCUGUUUUAAAUAUUUAGCUAUUUGAAUUAACUGGAGAUAGAACUAGUAAUGUUCUGUUGAUUAGGGUUAUGUCAGUCUUCUCAUUAUGCACUACAUAAUGAUAAUCAGUUUUGGAAAAAGAAGUGUCAUUGCCCAAUACAAUAAAUGUUAAUAUGUAAAUUAAUACAUAAUGCUAAAAAUAGAAUAUGUAAUGAUAGAUUUUUCUUAUGAUUUUUUUUUUAUUGUAAACUGAUCAAUAAACUUUAUUGAUUAUAAUAUAGUAUAAUAUGUACUCCAAGUAUCAAAAUGCACGUCAUCGUGUCGGGAUUCAAUAUUUCGGCAUUAAUUAUGUCAUCAUCAGGAAUAUUGAUUAUGUUAUUUCUACUAUAAUUUUUAAUAGCUUAGAAUCAGCUAAGCCUCAUAAAGUGACUCAUUUUAAAGCAUCAAUCCAUCCUGUAAUUGGCAAGUUACUUGCUGUUGGAUGUGAAGGAAAUAUAAAUUUAAAAAAAGAUGAAAUUGUAAUUAAUCAUUGAAUAUAUCUAGUACAUGUCGUGGUGCUUAUUCAAUAGUGAUGCCUAGCGAAUAAGUUUAUGUUUGGUGCAGUACUUAUUCAAAGAGAGAGAUGCUCAUUAGAUCAUUUACUUUACUGUCUUGAUUCCCCUGAGUAACAUCUGAGGGUAUCAUAUUGUGUCCAUUGGCAAGUUACUCACUGAGGAAAAAUGGAAAACCCAUAAAUUUAGUAAACUGAAUUGUUUGAUCUGAAAUAUGUCAUUAUUUCAGUAAGCUAUCAUUAUAUGAAGAGGUGAGUGUGAAUAAAAUAAAUUUAUUAAUACUGGAA